UUGAAGCCUGCCACAUAGGGAAGGUCGGCUGCGAAUACCUUGAAAAGGUACCGGCGACGACCUCGCUCCAUCCGUGACCUGGGCUUGGCUCGCUGCGCUUUACUCACUCCGUUGUAUUCGUUACCAUACGUGCAUUUCUCAAAUGCUUGGCUUUUGAAGAUGGCAGCCAUGAUGGACAAUAAUACGAUCUCCGGCGCAAGCUUGGCCAUUGGCUCGGUGGUCCUACUCAUCACCAUAAUCAUCUACCGUCGAUACUUCUCUCCACUCAGAGACAUCCCUGGCCCGUUUUGGGCAUCCUUCUCGAGGCUCUGGCACCUGCGGAUCACGAUCGAUGGCAACCAGAACGAGCAGUUGAGCCAGGCACACGAAAAGUACGGGCACUUCGUCCGCCUGGCUAACAAUGAGGUGAGCGUGAGCCACCCUGACGCCGUCCGCAGGGUGCUUCUAGCACCCCUGAAGAAAGGCGACAUGUACAAGAUGAGCACAUUUCCGGAUUGGCGCUUCGAGAACCCCAUGUCUAUCACCGACCCGAAGCGUAAGGUAGAGCUGUCGAAGCAGUUCGCCUCAGGCUAUACGUUGACGAAUGCCCUCAAGUCCGAGGAGGCCAUCAACGGUCUUGUGGAGAAGCUGUCCGGAUGGAUGGACAGCUACGCCGCCUCAGGGCAGGCCAUGGAACUGGAUCACUACAUCACCUAUAUGACCUUCGACCUGCUUGGGGAGGUCCUCUUCAGCAAGCCGUUCGGGUAUCUCGACGCAGGGGCGGACAUCGGCGGCAGCAUCGCCACCAACGUCAAGCUCAUCUCCGUGCACGCACUCGUCUCGCACUUCAGGGGCAUCCAGCUGGCAGCUCUCAACCCAGUGACUACCAAGCUGCUUCCGUGGGGCCACCUCUUCAACACAGCCUUCAACGCGCUGGAGGAGCGCCGCGCCAACCCGGACGCGCGCUUCGACGUCGUGGCGCACUGGCUCAAGACCUCAGCCGAGCACCCGGACCGCCUCAAUGACAAGGACAUCCUUGCCAACACCACGGCCAACGUAGGCGCCGGCUCGGACACCAUCUCGUGCGCCUGUCAGAGCUUCUUGUACUACAUGGCACGCCACCCGGCGCUAUGGGCGAGGGCCCGGGACGAGAUCCUGGCGUCCCAGGAGGCCGACGGAAGCUGCAGCUCCAAGGUCAUCAGCUACAGCGACGCCAUCAACCUGCCCUUCUUCCAAGCCUGCCUCAAGGAAUCUCUGAGGAUUCACAACCCUGUGCCUAUGGGGCUGCCGCGUGUGGCGCCCAAGGGAGGCCUGACCAUUGGGGACAAGACGCUUCCCGAGGGCACCACCGUCUCGGUCAGCCCGUGGGUCAUUCACCACUCCAAAGAGAUUUGGGGCCCGGACGCGCUCGAGUUCAAUCCCGACAGAUGGCUCGGCCCAGAUGCCGCUCACCUCGACAAGUAUUGGUGCCCGUUUGGUGCGGGCUACAUGUCUUGUCCAGGCCAGCACUAUGCCAAGAUGGAGCUGUCCAAAAUUCUGUCGACAAUCGUCCGUGAUUAUGACAUUCGUCUCGUCGACCCUAGCAAGCCCUGGAAGUUCCGAGCCUAUUUCAUCAUGGCUCCCUACGACUGGCCCGUCUAUAUUAGCAAGCGAUCGUCUGCUUAGAUCAAUAUUGAUACUGGCAUCAAAUAUCAUGCCAUGCACAAUGAUGUCCCAUAUAUUGGCGUGUCCAGUGACUGCCAUUGAAUAGAGGUACCUCCUGAUUAACUACAGGGUGUCUCAGGGCAUGCGGUACUGAACAGAUAGCACCUUCGUACAGAAAUUAGUGAGAUUCAACUGUGUAACGCUGUAGCAGCCACAAUCAUAACCACUUUUGCUUUCAAACAUACAUUUUAUGUAUGGGGAUUAGAAACGAAACCACCACCCCCUUUUCCUUCAACCCACUACUGCCCCCUCAACUAUCCUGCAAGUCUCCCUAAGUGAUCUCCUACACCUUCCUCUACAGCGGGGGUCGAGGCCCCCCCGGGGCUGCCAGCAGAGAUUAUGUCCGGACGGCCGUGUCGUAAUUUUGGUCAACCACCCACUCCACCCCCGUCGAGACCUUGAGGUAGCAGGUCAGCUGCGAGGGGCUGUACGAGACGCGCGUGCAGUCCCAACCCCGGCUGAACCUGGCGCCGUCGCAGAUGAGGCCACACUCCCUGACGGACUCGAUGUUCGGGAUCUCCUCGCGAGUCUCGCCGCGGUAGUCGGUCCCGUAGCAGAUCGAGUACUGCCGCCCGUCGCCGACCAGUGUCGAGGCGUCCCCGGGGCACGACUGGAUGCCCGCAUGGGCGACGUCGGCUAUGGCCGCCAGGGUUGUGAAUAGGGCGAGGACGGUCUUGGUGAUGGAGGGCAUCUUGUGUGUGAUUGCUGCAAAGAUGUGGCGGAAGACUUUUGAUGUGCGUGAGCUAUUGAUAAUGGGGGUGGAUUGGCAAUGUUUUUUUUUU